CUGGACGAUAACGAGGUGCUGGACGGCGACAACGCCACGUCGACGCCGUACUUCGACUUCAACGUGCCACGUAACGUGACAACGGCCGUGGGGCAGACCGCCUUCCUGCACUGCCGUGUUGAGCAGCUGGGGGACAAAGGGGUGUCGUGGAUCAGGAAGCGGGACCUGCACAUCCUGACGGCGGGCAUACUGACGUACACGAGCGACCAGCGCUUCACCGUCAUCCGGCCCGACCGCUCCGACAACUGGACGCUGCAGAUCAAGUUCCCGCAGGAGCGCGACUCGGGCAUCUACGAGUGCCAGGUCAACACCGAGCCCAAGAUGAGCCUCGCCUUCCGUCUCAACGUCGUAGAGGCGAAGGCGCGCAUCGCGGGCCCGAGCGACCUGUACGUGAAGAAGGGCAGCGCGCUGAGCGUGGUGUGCUCCAUUAGCCAGGGCCCGCACGACCUGGGCACCGUGUUCUGGUACCGCGGCGCCGCCAUCCUGCAGCCGGCGCCGGCGCCCGCGGCCGGCGCGCGCCUGCGCAUCGACACCGACUGGACGGACGCGCUCACGUCGCGCCUCUACAUCGCCGACGCCAGGCCCUCAGACUCGGGCAACUACACGUGCGUGCCCACGCUGGCCAGCGCCGCCAGCGUCAACGUGCACGUCAUCAACGGGGAACACCCAGCGGCGAUGCAGCACGGCAACAAGAGCAGUGCGGUGACGUCACUGCAGCUCCCGCUGUCGCUGUCGCUGUCUCUGCCGUUGGCGCUGUACACGGCGACAGCGCUGCUGGCGCGCCGGCUCAGCUGAACGGCGGCCUUCCUGCGCGUGUGCGACGAGAGCGCGAGUUGACUGCGCAUGCGCGAGACCCAGAGCGUGCCGCGCAUACGCGAGAGCAUCGCUCGGCUGCCGGACCCUGAGGAGGUGCAAGCUCACUGAAACGGAAAAAAGCCAAAGUCUCCCAGAGAGAGGAUACAAUAACUGUACUGUCUAAAUGAAUAAAUAUACAAUGUACAUAUUUUCAGCAAAUUUUGUUUCACUAGCUGUAGAAUCGUUGUCCAGUUGAUUUGCACAUCUGUUGCGUUCUACUAUUGCAAACCUAUCUAUUACGGAGUGAGAGAUUCACCUGGAAGAUGGAAGACUGUUAAAGAUAUGAAAUUUUAAGGUGGGAGUUACAUGCAGUGCAGGAUUAAAGCAAUAAUAAUAAUAAUAACAAAGAAACUAACAACAGCAGCUCUUUAUCAGUGUCGUAUCAAUUUCAAAAAUACUUAUUCAGUGUUGGAAACGACAAGCAAGGCAAAUUUUUGAGUUACACUUAGAGUGUGUAAGAAUUUUAAUUUAUAAUAAUUUCUCUUUCUGUGCCUAGUGCUUACAUGUCACUCACUAUGAAUGAAAGUAGUGCAGAUGGCAGUGAUGCAGGGUUCAAAUACUUAAGGAUGGGAGAGUCAUAAUAAAGGAUGUUGUUAAAGGAAUAAGACUUGUGGAAAUGUUUGGUUGUACAGAAUGUUUCGCAGACCAAUUUUAAUAACAAUUAUAAACAUUUUUCACAAAUUUUAAUAAGUCUUCUCGAAGAGGAAUUGCAUAGGUGAAAGGAUACUUUGGAAGUCCUAGGAAUAACUAUGUACCUAUUUGUAUAUCUGAGAUGUAGGUAAGAGUAACAGAGUAUUUAUUAUCUAGAAAUGUUGAUUUAUAUAUUCGUAUUGUAACAUCAUAUAUUUUGUAAAUUAAUGCACUCAACAUUGUUAUUUCAUUUGCCAAAUCACUCUGUUUCACAAAUACAAGAGAUUUUUAUAAAGUUUCUUUUUCACUUCA